GGUUAUUUUUAAUCUAAGGCUGUAAAACUAAAAUUAUCUGAUAAAAUAAGUUGAAAACGAUUACUAAAUAAUUGUAAACGCCACAGGAUUGUAAAAGCAAUAUGCUUGCCACAAGACUGUCGAGACAACUGAAAGGAACAAGUGCUGUGAUUAGUUCACGAGCAUUUUGCAGCCCUACUACUCCAACUGGUACAACUGGUAGUGCUAAAGAACAAGGAAGUGUUUCUACAGAGGAUGCUGCUGUUAAAGUUAGCGGCUUCGCUAAGGCCUUUGAAAAACAAACUAAAAUUUUAGAUACAGAAGAUAAAGAACAAAAUUAUACCUUUGCAUCUUUACUUCGUCAUUCUAAAUUGAUGGACCUUGGUGACCCUACCAACAAAGUGGUCAUUGGUAAAAUAUUCCAUGUAGUUGAGGAUGACCUUUACAUUGACUUUGGAUGGAAGUUCCACUGUGUCUGCACUCGUCCAACUGUCCGAGGUGAUGAGUAUGUUCGAGGAGCUAGAGUGAGAAUACAGAUUAAGGACUUAGAGCUGUCUUCUCGAUUCUUAGGCUCUAGUACAGACCUUACACUAUUGGAAGCAGAUUGCAAGCUCCUAGGGUUAAUAUCUACACCAAUUAGACCCACUACUACUGCUUCCGUAAGUGCUAAGUAAUGUUACCUCUAUAUAUGUAAUCUAGUUAGUAGUUGUUAAAGUAAUAAAUAAUGUUGUU